GCUUACGUGGAGGCGGAGCUGACCGCCUAUGGCAAGAUCCAUGGGGAGCUAGGACUGUCGGGUGAGGACUUGAUCAACUACAUCUGGUACGACACACUUGGUGGUGGCGGAGUCUCUGCGGACACGCAGUCCGACAAGGAUGUGGAGAUGUUGGUGGGAGUGAACCCAAGCACAUACAUCUCCAAGUGA